GCCCACAGUUUAAGAUAAACUUCACUUGGUGAAGGAAGUAUUAACUUUCAAAAAGGCACAGUUUAUUUGGUGUAAGACCAUAAAGCCAAACAAAAUCGAAUGACAUAACCAUUUGCCUAAAACCUGAGAACAAGCACUACCCUGUCCAUUGAAACAGGUUCUAUUCUAUCAGUCAGACAAGUUGCCAUACAGCAAUUAUCAUAAAAAAGAAAGAUGGAUAUGAUGCUAUCUGGGGGACAUAUUAUAUUGGUUAAUAGUACAUUAUUUCACAAUAUAUAAUUCAUUUCAUUAAAAUACAAUCUUUGCUUAGCCAAAAGUCUCCAGUUGAUUUAGUUGAGCACUGUUUCUUUUAUUUCGGAAGAAGGAGAAGAAAAAAACACAAGAAAGUAGAGUUCCAGUCAGAGACAUGGGUUCUGAUUUUGCUUCCUGGUGCAUUUACCUUUCUGUUCUUCUUGCUUUGAUGUCUGCACAAGCCGGUAAUGCCCGGAAAAUAACUCACAGACAACUUAAGGAGGAAGGUGGCAGCACAAAUUAUCUGCAGCAACCUUCCAACACCAUGGAUGGCCAUACUCAUCUAUUAGCCCACAUGGACCAUAUGGACCCUUCACUUAAUAUAUUCUUCAAGAUAGAUGACCUCAAGGUAGGCAAAACAAUGCCUGUCUACCUCCCCAGUAAAGACCUGUCUGCCUCUCCUCAUCUAUUAUCCAGGGAAGCAGCCAACUCCAUUCCUUUCUCAUCGAAACAACUCCCACAACUUCUGGAGUUCUUCUCAUUCUCUAAAGACUCUCGCCAAGCCAAAGCCAUGGAUUAUACACUUCGGCAAUGUGAACUUGAACCCACCAAAGGGGAGAUAAGGUUCUGUGCCACUUCCCUGGAAUCAAUGCUUGACUUUUCUCGUUCUGUCUUUGGCUCGGAUGCCCACCUUAAGGUUUUAACCACUACCGUCCUCAAAGAGCCGACCGUCUCUCUACAAAACUACACCAUUUUGGACAUGCCUAAACAGAUCCCCAGUUCCAGAAUCAUUGCAUGUCACAGUUUGCCAUAUCCUUAUGCAAUAUUCUACUGCCACAGCCAAAAGAAUGAAACCAGGCUGUUUCAGGUUUCAUUAGGAGCUGAGAAUGGAGACAGAGCGCAGGCUUCAGCUGUUUGCCACAUGGAUACCUCUCAAUGGGACCAUGAUCAUGUAUCUUUCCGUGUGCUCAAAAUCAAGCCUAGGUCCUCCCCAGUCUGUCACUUCCUCCCUCCAGAUAGUCUAGUGUGGGUGCCUUUGCCUGCUUGAAUGUACUGUACAGGCCUGGUUAGACUUCAAAGAUACUUAAUAAAGUGCAUACAUUAGCUACGUGCAAUAAUGUUACAAUCUGCAUUGAAUGAUGUUUAGCCACCAUUGUUGAUGUUUCUGUGUACUCUAUGUUCCUUCCUUCAGUACAUAAAUCAAAAGUUCUACCUAGAGUUAUUGCA